AUGGACAAAAGUAAUAAAAACUUUUCAAGUGCUAGCGAUAUAUCGCUACCUGCUCUUUACUUUAUGAUGGCCUCGGUCUUCUUUUUCUCUGGGUAUCGAGUAGUGAACGCGCACUACUUAAUAGCAAUUUUGCUAUUUCUAAAAUCAUUCUCUCUACUGUUUCAUGGAAUCAACAAUCUCUUUGUAAAGACAAAAAACAAAUACGUAGCGACCUGGGCGAUUCAUUACUCAUCUCAUUUGUUAAACGAAUCAGUAAUAUGUUUAUUUGUAUCAAUCGUUCUGAUCGGAACGGAUUGGGAUUUUAUAAAGCGCAUUCUCGCUGAAAAAGAUGAAAAACUAUUCAGAAUUUUCAUAUAUCUUCAAGUACUGAUGAGCUUGGCAGAAAUAAUUAUAGAAGAAAGCGAUGACGGAGAGGUUGAAUACAAAACAUGGCGAGAUGUAUUUACUCUUGUGGACUCACUUUGUUAUGGAGUUAUUUUAUUGCCUGUGGUUUGGAGUAUUAAACAUUUAAAAGAGUCAGCGAAUAUUCGUGGUAUAACUAUCGUUAAUCACCAGAAGCUUAAUUUAUUCAGACACUUUUACAUCAUGAUCGUUUGUAACAUUUAUUUUCCUCGGAUAGUGAUAUAUUUUUUGAAGGUUACCAUACCAUUUAGAUACAAAUGGUUGGAAGAAUUGUUUAAAGAAAUGGCAACUUUUAUAAUAUUUGUGCUGAGUGGUUACAAAUUCCAACCAGCAAAUCGGCUUUUUAAAACUGAUGAUGAUAUUGGAAGUGAUGAUGAUCAAAUAGAUGUUGUUGUGACAGGUAGAAGUGAAAUUACUCGAAGACUUUCAAAAAGAGCCUAA